CCGGAAACCUCUCUUUGUAACCUCUAAUUUGCUGGAUGCAGCGGCUGCCCUCAUUUUGUAAAAGAGUUUGGCGGUACCCUUUCCUUAGGCGUCAGAUAUACCAUCCCCUUCCUCCCAGACCGUCCUCCAAUUGGACCGCAUCCUCUAGUAGCUUCCGCGUUCGGCAAGCCUCUACGUCUACAGCCACCACUGGGUGCUUAGCAUCUAUGUCUGCUUCUUCAGAGAGUUUCGGAAACUUUGAUCUCGUCAAAAAGGUCAAUCUUGAUUUCACAGACGUUGUUGUUUCGAAAUGGAGGAGCCGCGUGACGGGCCUGAGCGUUGUUCAUCUAGAUUACACAGCGCCCAUCGUAAACGGAUAUUUCGUUGUUGGUACCGAAAUAUUUGACGAUUCUGGUUGCCCCCAUACUCUGGAACAUCUUGUUUUUAUGGGGUCAGAGAAAUACCCGUACAAGGGUAUCAUCGAUCACUUGGCUAAUCGCGGUUUCUCUAAUGGGACUAACGCCUGGACGGAUACGGAUCACACCGCCUACACAGUCUCUACGGCGGGAGAACAGGGAUUCUUGCAACUACUGCCUAUAUAUGUUGAUCACAUCCUGUAUCCCACAAUGACGCAAGCUGGUUUUGUAACAGAAGUUCAUCAUAUUGAUCCAAACGGACAAGAUUCAGGUGUGGUAUAUAGUGAGAUGCAAGGCCGAGAAAAUACAUCAGGGGAUCUUAUGACCCUUCGGGCACAACGACUUUUGGACCCACCAGGUUGCGCCUAUCGCAGCGAAACAGGCGGUCUUAUGGACGCCCUACGAGUACUCUCGGUCGAGCAAAUACGGAAAUACCAUGGCACAUAUUAUGUCCCGCACAACGUGACCCUCAUUGUGGGAGGAAAGCUUUCCAGUGGCACGUCGUCAUUGCUGAACGUGGUUCAAAAUCAAGUGGAACCUGUUCUCAUCUCACAUGGCCAAAACAAAGGACCCCGUCCGCCGGGUUGGAAGCGACCAUUUGUUGAAACGGACAGUGCUGCUAGACCCCCGAUCUCCGAAACCAUCAAGGAAACAAUAGAGUUCCCUGAGCAGGACGAAAGUGUUGGCGAAGUUACCAUUACUUUCCUGGGCCCUGCAACAAAUGACUUUCUAGGGCGGAAGGCAGUUGAGAUUUUGGCGACAUACCUUACCUCUUCCGCAGUGGCCCCCCUUAACAAGGAAUUCGUCGAGAUAGAAUCACCGCUAUGCACGUACAUCUACUUCUCAGAGGACAUCAGAGCUACCCGUGUCUACCUCCCAACAUACAUUGGUUCAAUCCCGACAGAACAUCUGGAUACCUUUGAUGAAAAGUUGAAAACUGCUCUUCAACGUAUCGCCGAUGAAGGAAUAGACAUGGAACGUAUGGCUAUGGUCAUCAAUCGUGAUGAGCGUCAGCUGCGCAGCAAACUAGAAUCGGCCAAAGGCGAUACUUUCUCCACUAACAUCAUCACGGACUUCUUAUACGGUGCCGAGGAUGGCUCAGAACUGAAAGAUUCCAUGGACGAAAUCAACCAGUAUAACGAGAUAAGAUCAUUCUCAAGCAAACAAUGGACGGUUCUUCUGAAGAAGUACUUUAUUGAUCCAGCAUCUGUUGUUGUCAUCGGUAGACCUUCUGCUGUCUUGGCUAAGAAGUUAGAGGAAGAUGAGAAAGCUAGAGUUGCUGCUCAGGUCGAUAAGCUGGGUCCGGAAGGUCUCAAGAAGGCGGCGAAGGAGCUUGAAGAUGCGAAAGCAGAACAUGAUCUCCCAAUUCCUACUGACGUACUGACGAAGUUCCCAAUACCCGACGUCAAGAGCAUAUCAUGGAUACCAGUUCAAAGUCUUCAAGAACCAGGUACAGGACGAGAUUCCGUGCCAGGACGAACGGAGACAUCACUGUCCCAGCACGUGCAUAAUGACGGUUCUGCCCUACCGUUCUUCGUACAGUACGACCAUGUCGAAUCAGAUUUCGUGACUGUUCAUGGCUAUUUCUCCCUUGCAAAGGUUCCUCAUCAUUUGCGACCACACAUAUCAACCUAUCUGUCAGCGUUCUUUUCAUUGCCUGUACAAAGACAAUCCGGCGAAUGGCUGAGCCAUGAAGAAGUUAUCAACAAACUUGAUGAUGAGACUGUAUCAUAUGAGGUGGGACUCGGGGUGUCAAAUGCAUUUGCGGAAACUCUUCGUGUCAGCAUCAAAGUCCAAAUAUCUGGUUAUGAAGUUGCCGUCGCCUGGCUGAGAGACCUUGUCUAUGGUGCUCGCUUUGACAAAGAGCGGCUCCAAGUAACUGUUGCCAAAAUACAACAAUCCCUCCCCGAGCUCAAACGUGACGGCAACACGGUCCUGGGAUCCCUCUGGGCAGAUCUCCUCUACAAUGAGAAUUCUACGUCUCGAGCGGGAGGAGUUCUUCCUCAGAUUGAAUUUAUUCCCAAACUCGUCAAACAACUACAGGAGGAGCCGGACAAAGUUAUUGCGGAUUUCGAGGAGAUUCGGAAGUACAUGACUGAUCCUUCUGGAAUGCGAUUCUCGGUUACAGGGGACGUUAUCAAUCUACCACAACCACGGAGUAUCUGGCCCAAGUAUUUCCGCUCUGUACCGAAAGUACCUCUAGCACCCGUCCCUUUAGUGUCUGAUAGACUCAGUGCAGUUGGUGAAAACCCUGUUAAGAAGGCGAUUGUCAUGAGCCUCCCUACGAUAGAGAGUUCAUAUGUCACCCACAGUGCGAAAUGUGUCAAAGGUUUCCAGCAGCCCGAAUAUCCUGCUAUCCGAGUUGCGCUUGAAGUCCUUAACGCCACCGAAAGUUAUCUCUGGCGGUAUAUCAGAGGUUCAGGUCUGGCAUAUGGCGCGUACGUAUCAAUAGACCUUGAAGCCGGGCUCUUGAGCUUCUCUUUGUACCGGAGCUCUAACAGCCUAGGGGCUUUCAAGGAAGCUUCAGAUGUCUUGAAAGGACUAGUCGACGGAAGCGUUCCCUUCGAUUCAACAACACUUGAUGCUGCCAAAAGUAGUAUUGUGUAUGGUAUUACUAAGAGCGUUUCAACAGCAAGUCGAGCAGCGAGUGUUUCCUUCGUGAACCAGGCGCUCAAGGGUCUUGCACAAAACUACCAAGUUGAAUUACUGGAAAAGUUCCAGGCUGUGACUAAGGAAGAUGUUUUGACUGCAUUGCGGACACAUUUCCUCCCUCUCUUUCAUCCAUCAUCAUCUGUAGCCGUCGUGGUAACAUCUCCUGCUAAAGCAAAUGAGAUUGCUGAAGGAUUGAGAGAUGCUGGGUUUAAUGUAGAGAGCCGGCAGCUGGAGGUUGACCCGGAUGAAUACAGCGGUAGUGAAUGUGAUAGUGAUUGCGAUAGCGACCACGACCAUAGUGACUAGCUUAUUGAAGCUGUAGUGUAUAUAUCUUCAUAGCUGCCCUCGUGGUUGCAGUUCAUCGGUACCAAUGACUUGGAUCAUUUUUUCAUCAGCCUC